UUCAUUUGGGCACCUAACUCAUGUUUUAGGACAGACUUGAAAAAUUGUAAACCCGUCCUUUAAUGUCUUCAUUUAUACCAUGCCAGACUGUCACCGUUUGCACCAUUUACUCUUUCACAUACACUGAACAACUGCCCUCCCUUGUUGCUCCCUGUGUGACCUCAGUUGCGACAGAGAGAGUUUUUCUCCCCGAGGAGCUUUGGCAUCACUGACCAGAACAAUCAAUGCAACAGCAAUGUUAAAUAACUACAUGGAGUCAGAGAGAACACACUGAACACAGAGAGCUAAUUUUGGAGCGUUCAAACAACCACCUGCUCAUGUCUCUCACUGAGCCGGCUCUGGCAGUGAGGGGACAGUGGACACACAGACAGCAGGAGCGGUGUUGUGGUCUGUUUGAGGAGGAGCAGUCUGCGUCCGGGAGAGAAUGUCAGGGAGCAACCAGCAACAAGACCUGGUGCUCAUUAAAAAACUGGAGCUCAUCUUGGAUUCUUGCACACUGGAGCUCACACCGGUGGACGAAGUCUGGCCCAACCUGUACAUAGGAAACGUAGCUGUAGCACAGAAUAAAAAGACGUUAUGUAAGCUUGGCAUCACUCAUGUCCUGAAUGCAGCUCACUCCAAGCAGGGCAGCAUCGGUGACCAGAGUUUUUAUGGGAACACUUGUGUUUACUGUGGCAUACCAGCAGAAGAUUCAGACCACUUUGACAUCAGUCAGUACUUUAAACCUGCAGCUGACUUCAUACAUAAAGCCUUAAAGAGCAAAGACGGAAAAGUGCUGGUUCACUGCAUCAUGGGCAUGAGUCGAUCGUCCACUUUGGUCCUGGCAUACUUGAUGUUGCGGCAGCGUCUCCCUCUCGCUGACGCUCUGAGGCAUGUCGUCCAAAAAAGAGCCAUUUACCCCAACCAAAACUUCCUGUCGCUCCUCCACAAGCUUGAUGAACAGCUGACAUUAAGACGGAGAUUGUGUCCUCUCCUCUGACAUCACUUUAUCUCUUUUCACACUUUGCUCCUUCAUUACAUCAGACUUCUCCAUCUCCCCAUGUGUUACACUCCACUGCUGUGUAUGGACGGUGUUUGUAUAUAGGUUUGAGUUUGAUGGUGAUGAACAAUGAAGUGACAUUUGAAUUCCAUUUUUUUUUUUAAGGUUGUCUUUCAGAGCCUUUCAUGCACAAUUUUAACUUGUGGGUACAUCAGCAAAGGUCAUGUAUUAUGAAAUACAAUUCUUUCAGAUUAGUUUUACUGUUCAAACUUUAUUAAAAUGUUCAGUGUUGUCGGGCAUGUCUACAAUCUUUGUAAAUACAGCUUUAUGACUCGUUGGAAUAUACAUUAAAUACCUUUUUAUGAAA